AUGCAGGAAACAAAGCAAUCCCUUUAACUGACAAUAAAUUUUAUAUCGUUUUAUCGUCUUGUCAGAUAAAGUUUUAGUAUAAAAUGUCCCCAAAUUAAAAAAAAAUUCAAUAGAUACUUUGUAUCUCGCAGCUAUAACAAGCAGCAUAUAAAAAUGAAAUUCCUGCUGUCUUUCGCUGCCGUCAUCGCCGUGGCCGUCGCUGUGCCUGCACACCGCGGCCUGGUGCCCGUUGGUCCCGCUGGCCCUGUGCCUGCCCCUGAGGCCCCUGAGACCUUCGAGCCCAUCGCUAUCGGACCCGCUAUAAUCGACUCCUUCGAGCCCAUCGCCAUCGGACCAGCUAUUAUUCCAUCCCCCGAACCCAUUGCCAUCGGACCCGCCAUCAUUGAGAGCCCAGAGCCCGUUGCUGUCGGACCCGCAUGGGUUGACUUCCCCAAGCCUGACGGUGGUGCUGUUUCUGCCCCCGUUGAGCCCUCUCCCGUAGCUGUCAUCCCUGGCCCAGUUUCCUCUGAGGUUGCUUCAGGUACUCCUCUUGUUCAGAUCAUCCUGAACAUCAACCAGGCUUCUGCUGUCCCUAGCCCCGUCAUUGUCGGCCCUGCUACCAACCCCGAGGCUAUCGUGCCUACACCCGUCGAUGUUGUCGAGGUCGCUCCUGAGCCCGUCCAGGUCGUCGAGGUCGCUCCUGAGCCCGUCCAGGUCGUCGAAGUCGCCCCCGUGCCCGUAGAGCCCGUCGUCAUUGGAGUCCCCAUCCUCCCUGAACCCGUUGUCGCCCUCCCCGAGGAACUCAACUAAACACCUGCCAUCCCGACGAGCCACUGCGCAUGACAAUGUAACAUCUUAAAUUGUUAAAACUAUUUUUAUGGACUUUCUACCACCACCUUGAAACGCUUGUAUGUCCAGUAUUGAGAUACAUUAAAAGACCUAAAAUGUAAAUAUUUUGUUUUCUUUCCUUAAUGAAAAAUAUUACCGACGGAAUAUGUUUUGUUACUUAUAAUUUUUGUAUACAUAUCAAUUAGUUUU